AUGCCUCCUGUUCAGUCCCAUCAGCUUGUGAGACUGCGCAGUCGAGAGUUCACCGACAUUAUCCGCAAGCAGAAGGAUCGAUUGUCCUCCCGCUGGACCCUGCAGAAUAUAGCGCUUAUUGAGCAGAAUUUUCGAUAUUUUCAAAUUGAUAAUAAGCGCAAGCUGUCGUUAAAGAAGGUCCUGGAUCAGUGCGACGUCAAGACUACGUUUGUAGUUGUCAGCAAAUACGUGCAAGAGUGCUUCAAGCACCUGAAGGAGUUCUAUGGGGGUCUGGCCACUUUAUUUCCUGGCACGUCUACUGUAGAGAGUGUUUUUUUCAUUGUCAAAUGA